UAACUUUUGUCUAUAAUUGAUGAUUGCAGUUUUGUUUCCAGUGCAGAGCGCAGGAUGUGUAGCUUGUCGUUGUUUCGCUAAAAAAUACAUUUAAAUUGAGGUAGCUCGCAGCUAACGUUAGCUAACAGCUGCCAGAGCAAAACAAAGAGCUCGACAGCAGCUGGCUUUACCUCACAAUGAACAUCUGUCUACUGCUUUACCUCACAAUGAACGUCUGUCUACUGCUUUCUGCUCAGCUUUGAGAUGUUAAAAUGCAACAACACAGCUAAAACAGUGAGUAACGGUACAAGUAGCAGUCCACAGCUUUAAAGACAUUUCUUAACGGGCAGGUUGUGUCGAGGUUACAACAGUGUCACGUUGUAGUUAACAUAGUUUACCAGAUGGAUUCACACUCUUUAAUAAAACAGGUUUAACACAAUCUGAAGUUACAGGUGCAGCGGCCAUCUUGUCCUAGCGAACCUGUGACGUCAUGAGGUUGGUUGAGGUCUUAAUGUUACAUUAGUUCACACAUCAUCUAACUAGUGACAGCUCUGUCUCCAUGGAGAAUACGGAACCUCAAGCUACGAGGCGAUGCAAAGAUUGAGAUGUUAAGAUUAGAAAUAGCAACGUUUUUCUUACAGUGAAUAACGUUAUAAGUUGCAGUCCACAGCUUUAAAGAUAUUUCUUAACGGGCUAUAACACGUUUUGUCGAGGUUACAACAGUGUCACGUUGUCGUUAACAUAUUUUACAAGAUGGAUUCACACUCUUAAAUAAAACACAAUCUGAAGUUAAGUUUUUUUUCAACUAAGUGUUCAACCAUCUUGUCCUAGUGUAGCCUGUGACGUCAUGAGGUUGGUUGGCUUGGACUUGUCUUAACGUUACAUUAGUUCAUCUAACUAGUGAAAGCACUGUCUCAAUGGAGAAUAAGGAACCUAAAGCUUCGAAGCGAUGCAAAGGGGGCCACUAUUGUAUCGCCCCCGGAUGCAGCAAUGAAUUUUAUAGAGUAAAAAAACAAGGAAAGAUCGUCCACUUUCAUUCUUUGCCUCUUAAGCGGCAAGUGGUUCUUCGUCGUUGGCUAGACGCACUGAAGCGAGAGAACCCUCCAGUUUGGCGUGGUGCUAGGGUUUGUAGCGAGCACUUUGUAAAUGAGGACUAUGUGGAGGAGAGGGUUUUUGACUCAGAAGCACUGGUGGUUCGCCGGACCAAUAAACUGAAGCCCGAGGCUGCUCCCUCUGUGUUUGACUUCUCCUCUUAUAAGGUUGGGUGCACUGGCGGUCCUACCCAGUCUACUAGCAAAGAAGUAGCUUUGCGUCGUCAGAAAAGGGCCCAACGACACGCCCAUCUGGCAGAGCAGAGAGAGGAUCCGCAGAGAGUCAAUUUUGACAUCCCUCAAAAGAAACCCAAAACAUCAGCAGCAGCCAUGGAUUCAAAAGCAAACCCGCAGCCAGUCAUUUGUGAGGUCUGUGGAACGUACUUCGAGACACGACGUGGGCUCUCCAGCCAUGCCCGCCUCCAUCUACGGCAGCUCGGUGUGACGUUGUCAGAAAGCAGCGGAGCUCCCAUCGAACUCCUCUACCAGCUCAUCCAGGAGAAAGGGAACUCCCUGCCUGACUUCAAAGCAGACUCCUCUAUACCUGGGCCAGCCCCUCUCAAGAAAACAUCCCAGCAGGAGUCCAGGACAUCUUCAGCACCAGAGGACAUGAGUGACUCCUUCAAAGCAGGGAGUAGAGUGAUGACAACACCGCCAAAGACGGGUCAUCGGGAAUCUCCAGCCCGACCGAAAGAGUCUCCAGCCUCUCUCUUCCCCUCAUCCCCCUCUGGUCUCAGGCUGGCUGGCUCUAGAACAAGUGAAGGCAGCAGCUCAUCCUCAGAGCGCCAAACCACAACUAAGCCGAUGUGGGCGCCGCUGGAAACUGACGCCCCCAUCACCUUAGCUUCAGACACCAAGAAAGAGGUCCAUGUGUGCCAACUGUGUGGCUGCUGGUAUGGGACACGCAAAGGCCUGUCGGGUCAUGCUCGGGCCCAUUUGCGUCAGAUUGGAAUCCCUGAAAGAGACAUCAAGGGCAGCCCUAUUGAUUUGCUUUACCAGAUCAUGGAGGAGGAGGACCUCAAGCCCAUCAGCAGUGAGCAAACAAAGGUGCUCUCCUCAGCCAGUCCACCUGGAUCCUCCUCUAAACGACCCUCCGGUCGGUCCUCUCCACCUGUGUCCCCACCCAUCAAACGGCCUAAAUCGUCGGCGGACUUCACCUGUAUUCUGUGCGGGGAGCGGUUUGAGAAUCGUAAAGGCCUGGCCAUCCACGCACGUGCUCACCUGCGUCAGAUCGGAGUGGUCGACCCGCUGGGGAAAAGCUCUGCAAUUGACACCGUGCAGGAACUGGUCGACAGCGGCAUGCUAGAAGCCAUGCACCCUCACAAAACGAACAGGACAACCAGCUCAUCUGCAGCACCAUGUCCCUCCACAUCCCUCUCCCCAAGCCCUGCAAAGUACACUCGGUCUCCCGUUAACAAGGCCCCAAAGGCUAAGAAAGGCUUUCGGCUGGCAGUGGACCCCCUUCACAGGAAGCCCAAGCCUGAACCUGAGGAGAUUGAGGUGUCUGUUGAACCAAAGGAAUCCAGCACUGACAGCAACUCUCCCACGCAGAAGUCACCUGCUGCUUCAAAGCCUCUCAAUGCAGCAUCCUCCACAGAUGUACAAUCCCCACCAACAGUCCUUUGCGAUUACUGUGGCCAGCUGUUUGAGACCCGCAAAGCCCUGUCAUGCCACGCCCGCGCCCAUCUGCGCCAGCUCGGCCUCGCCUGGUCGAUCAGAACGUCACCGAUUGACCUCCUCAGAGAGGUCAUGAUGCGUGGUGAAGAAGGCAAGAAAGUGUCCGUGCUCGCUGGGUCAUCAGGCAAAGCCACGUGGACCCCUCAGGGCUCCAGAAGGUCCCUGGACAGCCUCCAGUCAGGUGAACCGGCCACCAACCCCUCCAGUACACCUCUCGAUUAUUCCAUGAAAGAGAAAUCCUCGUCUGGCAGGAGCGGGGCCUCACACACCGACGCAUCCUGUGAGCUUUGUGGGUUUGAAUUUGAAAACCGCAAGGCCCUGGCCAGUCACGCGCGGGCCCACCUCCGCCAGCUGGGAAUCAUUGAAUGGAAGGUAGACGGAGCGAAUUCCCCGAUCGAACUGCUCAGUGAGUUGAUCCGGAAGGACCCAGCCAGGGUAGCAGCGAUAACCCGACGCUAUCGUAUGGGAGACCUUUACAUCAAGAAGGCCCAGAGAGGUGCAGCUUCACCGUCUCUGUCCACAGACGCUGACUUUGUCCCCGGCGGCAGCCUGAGGCCGUCGGUGGGCCGUUCAGUGAGUGCCGGCUCAUCCAGACACUCACACAGCCACACACGGAGUGUUGCAGCCCACAGUGAACAUGGUUUGCGCUCCCCAAGGGGGGUCCAUCCACCAAAACGUGUUGUGCCGGGAGGGGAAGAAAAUCAGGACACCAACUCCCAGCAGGCAUCACGGUCGGGCAGCAUUCCCGCUAUGCUGCCAAAACCCCCGCUCACACCGCUGGUCAAACUGGUGGGCAAAAUCUACUCCCUCAAGUGCAGGUUCUGUGAAGAAGUGUUUCAUGGACCUCUGUCUGUUCAAGAGCGCUGGAUCACACACCUGCAGAAACACAUCCUGUCACUGGGCUACAAAGGCAAAGCAUCUCCUCCUGCUGCACCAGUGGCAGCUCCAGCACUCGUCCAUCCAGUAGCCGUCUAGUCCACGAAGCCUCUCUGUAAUUCACAUGAAACAAGACAGUCAUUUUCACAUGUCACGGCAGAGUCGAGAAGAAGUCUUUAUGUCUAGUUUGAGGUAACAAGUUGUCAGUGAAAAGUGCAAAUUAGAUGUUCCUUUUUUGUCCUAGAGAGGGCGAGCAUGAGCCAUGUGAGGGAAGCAGCAGACUGCAAUCCACUCAGGUAAAAUCCACUAGAUCACAAUAGAGAACAAUACUGAACACUGGAUGUUUUGGGAAAAUACCCAAAGUCGGAUCAUCCCACAUUUCGAUGGCCAUAGCUUUCCUCCUCCUGCUCAUAAUUCCUACCAUUUGUAUAGGUGUUGUUAAUGUGAUCUAUUCAAUAUUUGUCAUGAGCACAUUUCAUGUCCCACACUGAGAGAACGAUCCUUGUCAAUGAUUUUCUCUUUGUGUUUUUGUCCUACUGAGUCGACUGGUGUGGUCGUCCAUAUACUUUAUCUCCAUAAUAUGAUUUUGAAUUGAGUGUUGUUUUAAGAAAUUUAUUUUUAAGUCUUUUACAAUAAAUCUGGAAGGGUUCAUUUAUUUUUUUUUCUCUCUCGUAUGACAAUAACAAAACACUGAUACAAGAAAGUUAGACAGAAUUUGAACUGGUGACUUGGUUGGAAAAGAAGUUUAUCAGUAAUGUAAUCUCCUGAAUAUCAAAGCCUCAACUGUCUUGACCAUAGAGACACUGUGUUUUCAUUCUUGCCAUGUUCUUCAGGUAUAACUGCAAAUACUGUAUUGUUUUUCUGGCCUUUUUACAUUUGUUUUUUAACACUUGAUUAAAUUGUGUCUUGUAUAUAA